ACAUGGUAGCACCCAAGUGCUUUGUAGCACCGGAUAUGUUCUCGUAGGGGUAGAGAUUAGGGCUGUGGUCUUGCGAUGGCAGCAAGUGCUUAGGGUUCGAUCCAUCGCGCCCGAAUCGAAGAGAACCGAGUUCCGCCGCCAGUGAGGGGCUCGGCGCACGGCGCAGGAUGGCGAGCGGCAGCAGCAACGGGGAGCCGAGCACGGCACCGCAGCCGAAUCGGUGGUACGACCUCCGAUUGGGCUCCUCCUGCCGCGACUCUCCCCCCACCGCCAAGUUCUGCACCCUACGCUAUGAAUUUAAGCCAGCAUCAAUUGACAAAACUCAAGCUGGGUCUCUGCAGAGUACCAAGGAUAACCGGGUUACUGUGGAAUUCCAUAAUAAUCAGCCUGGCAAGCCAAAGGCGACAUUUGAGGGAAGCCAAGAAGAGUACAAGGAUAGUGAUGGUGUCUUGUUUUUUGAUGGUGAGACCUUUCGCCUGGAGAGGUUACAUCGGGCUGUCAAGAGACUAAGGUAUGUACGAGUUCCGGGAGAGUCUGCAGCAGCUAAUUUGGCAACUACGACUACUGGAAUGGGUGCAGAAUCACAUUCUCCACCAUUAGCUAAAGUCAGCAAGUCACAGGCCAUGAGCAAACCUGCUGGUCACUCAGUCCCAGUUGAGGUUGAGCGCAUUGACAUCGGUGAACCUGAAAAUCCAGGCCCAAGACACAAUAACAAAAGCACCAGAUAUCAGCCAGUCACCACAGACUCAUUUGCACUUUCACCUGGUCCAAAUGACGAAGAGAACCUAGACAUACUUGGAGAUGACGAUGACAAUGUUUCACCAAAUAACAUGACCUCAGGACAUGGGGCAUCUGAUUGUGGUUUCGACAUCAACCUACCAGAUCAGGGCAAUAUGGAUGAUGAAAUUGCUGAUGUAGAUGUAAAUGAUGAGGCUGACGAGGGGCUCAAUGCAGCUGAGGCACUGAGAGCUCAAGUGAAUGCAGAAGGGGAGCAGGAGGAGCAGGACAGCUCUAGCUCCAGUGGGAGCAGUAGCAGCAGCAGCAGUGGGAGUGGGAGUGGGAGCGGGAGCAGUGAUAGCGAUGGAAGUGAUGGUGAUACGGCAAGCUCCGGAGCUGAUGUUGAUAUCUGAGCUUGAUAUACAAAGUUUUCUUUCGGCAUGUCUUGUUUCACGAUUAUUCAUUCUUAGCAAAAGAAGUAGUAAGGUCUGAAUAUGUUGACAAAUAUCGCACAGGUACAUUGAACUAUUAUGUCAAACUUGGUUGGUUGGUUUUGUGUUUGUAGAUCUGGCCUAGAAGCAUACACUUUGUUCGGCUGUGGCCGAUGGUUGGUGGUGAUUUGCUGUGAUAAAAAAGUAUUGCUGGCUGGUGGCUAUUGCUGA